CAUUUGUCGGCAAGCAAAUGUCAUUUAUUAUUUAGAAGGAUUACUGCUCCCGGUUGUGUGGUCCUCACGUAAUAAGAACCAUGUUUGAUCCUCUCCUAUUGGUCUCUCUCCUCGGAUCUGCAGCGACGUACAGCCAUGCUCACAGUCUCCGCCAAAGUGGCUGUGUCCACACCGGCAUCUUCUUCACCCCCAACGGGGUUGUCCGCAACAUCAUCAUGGACAUGGACAAAAAUGGCGACGGCACCCUGGAGCAGGGUGAGGUCGUGUCUGAGUUUGUCACCAGAUACGACAGUGACAACAACGGCGAGAUUUCGGAGGCCGAGUUUGUGAUUAAGUGGAUCUUGCGGUACCACGAUGGGCGCGACUUCGCCGUGUACCUCUUCCACCACUUCGACAAGAACGACGACCUUAAACUUACACCUGCCGACUUCCUUGCUCUGCGCACAGAGAUAGAUAGUGACGGUGACGGUAAAUUGUCUGAGGCCGAGUUCGAAACAUUCAUGAUCGACAUCUACAAGAACUGCGUUCCUGGCAGUUAGAAUUGACAAAUAAAGUCACUUAUAAACAAUA